UUUCGCUGAGCAAAGCGCCGCGCGUCAAUUGCAGACGCACUCCGGUCGCGUGCGCGCUGUGCUCCUGCGGGCCGACAGCGACGCACGUAGCACCGUCGAGGCUGCCCGGCCGAAGGAGCCCCAUCGCAGAAAAGCCAGCCCAGUCUGACGGUGGCAACACGGCAGACCGAGCUCGCCUCUCGCUCGUUAAACACGGCCGAACCACAAGGAAGCGAUGUCGUCGACGCGCAGCGCCACGCCGGACUUCGGCGACAGCGGCGACGACGACGCGCCCGCGAGCCUCGGCCGCCCGCCGCAGCCGGCGCCACCGCGACAACCAGCGCUCGAGGGCCGCCCGCCCCAGCCCCCGGCGGUAUCCGAUCACGCCCUCGAGGAUGAUGGCAUCGGGCGAGCCUCGAUGGAGAGGCGACCCGCACCGGCACCGGCGCCGUCGCCGCGGCACCACGGCCUCACGCACGCCCUGUCCUCGGCGGGCCACGAGUUGGUGCACGGCGCCGAAAGCGCCGUGCAUUUUGUGGAUCACGCUGCUCAUGAUGCCGCCCAUGCUUUGGAGGAGGGUGCCCGGAGGACGAUGAGCUUGGUGAGACAGGUUUCUAGGAAGAUCAUGAGCGAGUCGCUGGAAGACGAGGCGUCGGCGACGAAAUUCCACAGAAAACCACCCCCAAGACGACGCGCGCGCGCCUUAAAGGAGGACCAGGUGCCCUUCCCGCCGCGCGAGAAGAAUGCAGGUCGAGUCUGGAACCCGAUGGCCCGCCCUUCUUGGGAUAUUCUUAUACUAGGCCUGAUCUUCGUGGUCAUGAUCCUGGCGCCCUUCGAGAUCACGUUUCUACCGGAGGCGACGGGGUUUACGGGCGGGAGGAGACCUCGCCUCGAACGGCCGCAGACGGGGCUCUUCGUGGUCAACUUAUUCGUCGAUUUCUGCUUUCUGAUGGAUAUCUUACUCGCGUUGAACACGGCCUAUUUCGACGAGGACACGGGCGAGUGGGUCGUCGAGCACAAGAAGAUCUUUCUUUAUUACCUGCGGACGUGGAUGGUGCCCGACGUCGUUUCUGUGAUCCCUUUCGCCUACUUUCCGACGGGAGAAUUGAAGAUUUUCAAGCUCGCGAAGUUAUUUCGCUUACUUAAGUUGUUGAGAAUACUGAAGCAGCCUCGGAUCAUGUCUCGACUCUCGAAGCACUGUACGAUCCGCGCGGAAUUGAUGACGGUGCUCAAGUACGUCGUCAUCGUGCUCUUCCAGAUCCACUUUGGGGCCUGCUUACUGCGGUACAUCGACGGCGUGCUGCUCAUGGAUAAUUGUGUGGACAAGGACGGCGACAAGUUGCUGAAAGGGAUGCAUAAAGACGCGACCCAGAAACAGGUGCUGCGGAACGUCGCCAUGAGGUACCCGGGCUUUAGGAGUGACAAGCCGCACUCGCGCGGCGGCGGGGAGGACGUUUUUUACUGCCCGCCGACCGUAUUGGGCUUCUACUGGAAGCAAGGGGUAGCUGCGCAGUACUCCAUGGCCUUUGCGUGGACGCUGGGCUGCAUGCAGGGGGAAUUGUGGGGCGAAUGUGUGGCCGAGCUAUGGCUCAACGUCGCGAUGACGAUGUCGGGGUGUAUCGUGCUUAGUUUCUUGGUGGGAGACCUGUGCAACGCCGUGACGAACAUGGAUCCCGUGCGCAACGACUUUGUGCUGGCCUUCGACUCGUUGAACAACUAUAUUGAAGAAGUGCGGCCGCCGCCGGCGCUGCGGUAUAAGCUGCGGGAGUUCAUGUCCAUGUCCGAGGUCGUGUUUAGGGAGGACUACCAUCGAACAUUGCUAGAAAGGUUGUCUCCUGGUUUAUUAUCAGUAGUAGCACAACACAAUCUCGCGAAUAUAGUGGUCCAAUUACCCUUCUAUGUAGAUACCCUAAAAAGGGCCUACCAACUCAAAACGGGCAUGCGCUUCAUCGUGAACACGCCGGCGGACCCGACCGCACCUCGGAAGGACGGCGAAAGCAUCACGAAGCGCUGGGCUACACUCGUAUAUGUGCAUCGCAAAGGGUUACUGUUGGAUGUCAUCUAUGACGACAAGCUCGAAGGAAUUGAUGAUGAGGACGACCUGGAGGGUGGUGCUCCUCCACAGUCGGAGGCCGUGUCGCCCUUGGGUGCUUCGAAACGAGGUACGAGGUUAACCGUACCUAUAUCGUGGGUCCAGCCCGAGUCCUACGGUUCGAGAGCGACGCAAGAUAGAUGUAGUCGCGCUUUAUAUGAAGAGAACCGGUUUGUGGUCGCGCUGACGUGUCGCUUGACCACCAAACUCUUCAUGAAGCGCGACACGCUGAUCCGGAACAACUUGAGCGUGGUUUCAGAUAUGUACGUCGUGCAGUCCGGGAAAGCGGCCGUCUUCGGGCGGCACUCCGUAUCAUUACUUACUUUGGGUUUUCGGGAGGUCAAUGACGUCAUUGGGGACGAUAUUUGCACCUUAGUUUGCGGCGACAAGGAGACGCGAAGACGGCACUACACCGCUCGAGCAUUAUCUGCUUUACAAGUCUACGUCUUAACGGCCGACGCCUUCCGGGAGGUGCACGAGACGGGCAUGUUUGAUGAAUUUGAUGUGGGCAUGCGGCGGUAUGGGUGCUACUUACGAAUUCAAAGAGCCUUUAUCGUCCAUGCUCGCGCGCGGCUCCGGGGCGCGACGCACCACCUGCACUGGGGCCGGGCCUACACGUUUUCGGACCAGCACGGGUCCUCAGAAAACCUCAACGUGCAGGACGAGGACGACGUGGAAGACGAGGCCGUCAUAUCCGCUCUGAGAGACGUCCACGAGGACAUCGGGCGCUUGCUGCAGGCGCCGGCGUCGGCGCAGAAGCACUUCGCGGACCAGAACCCGGAGCUCGUCGCGUUAGCUCCGAACUUCGCGGACCUCAAACGGAGGGUCGUGAACGCGCUGGGGCACCACCACCGCCAGGCGGCGCACGCGCAGCGGAACGUGAUCUCGAAUCUGCAGCGCGAGGAGCAGACGCGGUCGCGGGGCUUCCAGGCGGCGUUCUAGGGGCCUUGCGUAAAAUCCAAUUCAGU